GACACAGGUGAAUUCCUUGUGAUAAUUACCUGUCGCCCCUCAUUCUCUGAAACCCUGAAACCUCCUUGUCAUCAUCUUGUUGUCUCUUUUACCCAGCACCAUAAGGUGCCAUUCAUCUACAAGAUGGAGAAUCCCGCCCAAAAAGCCGAUCCCAACAUGACCGCCAGGCCCUCUAUCCCAGCCAAGAUGGGUGCUUCUGGCAUCGACAUACUGGUUAUGGACGGCGCCGACACGCUAGUGUUUAUCGAUCCUCCAUCGUAUAAACCAACCUGGUCAAUGCAACCACACUCUGCCACGUCUAUUCCCCAUCGUAUCCAGAGCAAGAGCCUUUUGAGCACAGAGUCCCCCUACUUUACGAAGCUAUUCGAGCCGAAAAAGCAAGCUCGCAUUAUCAAGCGCCGCGACCUGGAGGGAAAGCUGCCUGACGGUAUCAGAUACGCUAUUGACCUCACUCCUCCCUCAACGGACGACGAGGCGGUAGCUUUCACCACAGAGUUGUCCUGUCCCCUGGGUAUACGGUCCUGGGCCCGCGCAAUCCAGCGUUGGGGACUGCCUUCACGAUGUGUUGGCGGCCGCGACGAAGAUGACCAUAACCUUCCCUCUGAGUACUCAGAAUCUCGUCACCGCAUGGGCAUCGUGCACGUACUCCAAGCAUUAGGAGGUGUCAGUCCACUCUUAGACACAGCCUGCAAGCUCUGGACCUUUUUCGCAUUGGCUAAGGUAUUUGGCGUGGCCAGGCAAGGGUCGAUCAAGGUUGAAAUUCUCACCUGGAUCUAUGAGUCAACCAAUUCUAGGCUCAUUGAAAUUUAUCCAGAGAUUACCUACAGAAUAGCUUGUGGAAUCCAGUGUGAUUACCUGUGCCAGGACUCCUUCUGUGUCCUUGUUGGAGAGGAGGCGCUGCUCCGCCUGUCCAGCGCAGAUAAAGGACCCAGACUUCAGUGGCCAGAGAGAACAUUCCAUGGCCGUGUUCGUGAGCCUUUGGACGAUGAAGAUCGUCAGCGGGUCGAAUAUGCAAGCCAGAGCUUCAUGGAAUAUGUUAUUGACCAAUUCAUCCAGUUAGCGGGCACUGAAAUGCACUGGAUCUUGCAACUACCGGCGUUCCAGAAUAUUCUCCGUCACACCACAGAUAACUGCGAAGGCUGCACGUUUGCUACGAGUCUUACUUCCAAGCUGAAAUCAUACGUACGGGGGCACAUCGUGUCGACCCUAGCAAAACCCGCCAUAACUUGGGCCGCAAGAACAACUCGAUACAUUGACUUCGACGACUAUCCCUCGCGGACGUUUUUAAAUUCUUACGAUGAGAUGCGUUUCUCUGAGCGUAUAAUCAGCAAAACCUUCUGGCAGACGCUCAAGUUCGAGAACCACAAUGACCGUUUCGCAUUCCCUGACCAGGAAAUUUGUAACACCACCGUCGCGGACUUGGGGAGACACCUAUAUCCUUUCCAGGCCCAAACAGAUGCGAAAAUCGAACAUAUUGAGUUUAACGAUUUGUUGUUCGAGAUAAACCAGUACAAUAGCCACGCAGAUGGGGCUAGCUCAAGGUUCGGAUUUCGUAAGAUCGCGGGUGCGACGUUGUUCGAACCUCGAGGCCCCAUUCCGAAGACCCCCACGACAGAUAUCUUCAACCCGGCCCACUUUUUCCAAGACGUGCGCUCAUAUAUAACUGACAUGGGAGAAGUUCUGGGCAACGGCAGCAGGCACGGAGCCAACUUCCUAGUUACUGACACGCUCACCUGUCUCACCGAGAGUGAGAUGAAGUUUCUCCCACUCUGGGCGGGGGGAAAUGAUGAUGGGUCCGGCGGUGUUUUCACGGAUCAAGGAAUACCUAAUCUUGAGACAGGCGGAUUCUCUACACCGGGUCCUGCGAUUCACACGGGGAGUACUGUUCCCUCGGUCACUUCUUUCUCAGACAUAACUACCAGUGGCUUUGAAAGCACGGUCCAGGGGGCUUCUCACCGAGCCACGGGAGGUUAUUGGACGGACAUCAUGUCCAUCAACUCGGAGGGGUACUUCAUAGCAGAUGAAAAGCACGCGGCAACCUCGUCUGAAGCACAAGCAGAUACGGACAUUUAUUCUCUUACCUUGGAGGUGUCGGAUGAUGACCUCGAUGACUGCUUUGAAACCGACAGCGAAGACAACAACACAGUCAUAAUGGAUAGCUCUGUUGAGAAGACCUCGGAGAGGCUGGAGUACAUGGGUCUAGGGGUAGAAGCUUUCCCAGAAUGAUCCUGAGAUUGAGAGCAUGCUCGUCCUUGGUUAUAGCACCAGGACCAGAAUACUUGACGUUGCUUAAUAAAAGAUGACAUCGCG